ACCUUCCUUGGAAAGUCCUAAGAAGCCUACAUUUUGCUUGAUCUAUUUUUGUCCAUAUUCAACUUCCCUUUCUAACUACCCAACCAACACUUUCCACAUUUAUUUACAUCAACAGUUUCUUUCUUCUUUUACUCCUUCUAUUGCUGCUGAUCUUGACAGGGACUCUCAUAUAUCAGUCACAGCUGUUGUCUUGUAGUAAGUAUUAUUAUUUCUUUGAUCUAAAGACACUAAAUUUCAAAGAGUAAAUUUUGGGGAGGACAAGCCUAAGAAAGCUGUAGGUUGCUUCUGUGGCUACACUUGCUCAAGUCUUGGAACCUGUUAAAGAACUCAAAGAAAGCAAUUCUCCAGUCUCCGUAAAGGUUGCAGAUCCUGCGACUAAGAUAACUUCACAGGAUUCAACUGACAGAGAUAUCAUGUUUGAAAAGGUUGAGUUGGAGAAAAGAAAUGCUUUGAUUAUGGCAUGGGAAGAAAAUGAAAAGGCUAAAGUAGAGAACAAGGUUCAUAAGAAGCUCAACUGCGUUGGAUCUUGGGAGACCACUAAGAGAGCAUAUGUUGAGACGAAAAUACAGAAAUAUGAGGAAAAAAUGGAGAGGAAGAAGGGUGAAUAUGAAGAAAUAACAAAGAACAAAAUGGCAGAAAUCCACUUGGCAGCAGAAGAGAAGAAAGCAAAUGUUCAAGCUAAACAAGGUGAAGAAUGUCUCAAGAUACAGGAAACUGCAGCUCAAUACAGAUCAGUUGGGCAUGUACCAGGAAGAUGUCUUGGAUGCUUUGGCAGCUGAUAUAAAGAAAAUAGAAAGGAAAUUAAGGUUUUGCAAUAUAGUUUCUUUCAUUCUUUCGGUUGUUUGGUUGGUGUUUCCAGAAAAUUAAUGAUGGUGUGGUAAUGUGUGUUUCCAUUUGUACAGCAUAAAACUUGUUGGGUAUGUAAUUAUAUGUGGCAGACAUACCUAUAAGUCGUGGAGUUCGAACUGGA